AUGUCCAACUUCCACCUCUCCGCCCAGGACACCCGCGUCGACGACGGCCACAUCCUCCGCGCCCGUCUCCAGAACGGCAACGGCGACUUUGUCGACGCCGAGAUCAACCUCAACGACUUCCUCGGCAACGACGACGGCCGUUUCCAGUGGGGUGGCCAGGGCUUCGCGCAAUCCGCCGAGGACAUCCGCUUCGAUUUGGAGGGUGACCAGCCCAUUCUCCGUGCCCGCCUCUUCAACAUUGGCGGCGAGGCCAUUGACGCCGACGUCAACCUGUGCGAGCGCCUGUCCAACAACGACGGCCACUUCCACUUUGACUGUUUGUUUUCCCACACUACUAUCAUUUCUUGUUCCUCACUUGAGUAG